AUGGCGGGCGUUAAUCAUGCGCCAGUCUCCAUGGCUGCUUCCGACAUGCAGAAUCGCAAACGCAACGUGACCAUAGCGGGGAUCGACAGCUCACCGGGGAGUAUUGACGAGGCGGACGAUAUCGACGGUCGUGAUGACAAGAGGCGCCAACCCGUGAAGCGUGCCUGUAAUGAAUGUCGACAACAAAAGCUCCGUUGCGAUGUUGUCCAAGAUCCGUGGGGUGAUUGUUCUCGAUGCCGUCGGCUGAAACUGGACUGCAAAAUCGAGUCGAAUUUCAAGCGGGUUGGGAAACGCAGCCGCAAUGCCGAGAUGGAACGAGAGAUUAUUGAAUUGAGAAAAAAAAAUCUUAACCAACCCUUCAUCGACACCCCUUCCUCAACAACCUCUACCGGCAGGCCAAUUGACGCCCAAGCAGGAGUCCAGCCAGGAUUUGACGGGUCAAAUUAUAUGCGGAAUGGAAACCAACAAUUCAAGCGACUCGAAGAUGUUAUGAUCGCUCCGGAGAAAGUAACGGAGCUGUUCAACAUGUUCUUCACCUACAGCCAUCCUUUUCUACCGUUCUUAGACCGACAGCAAUCCCCGGACGAUUACUAUACUGCUUCACCUUUGCUGUUUUGGACGAUUAUCAGUGUUGGUGCUAGGCGAUAUCAGGGUGACACUGGAUUGUUGAACUCUCUUGCAGGCCCUGUCACUCGCCUAGUAUGGAGCACGCUAGCAGACAUUCCUCAAAGCUAUCAUGUUGUUAAGGCGCUCUGUUUGCUGUGCUCGUGGCCAUUUCCCACGAGCAGUACGUCCACUGAUCCGACGUUUAUGCUUUGCGGAAUGAUGAUUCAGGUUGCCAUGCAGCUUGGACUUCAUCGACCAUCCCACAGCCAAGACUUCAGCAAAUUCCGUGUGGAACUUAUUGAAGAUGAGCUUAGAGAUAAAGUACGCACGUGGGCUAUUUGUAACAUAGUUGCACAAAGAGUUUCUACUGGAUACGGUCAACCACCGUCAACAAUCUACGACUGGACAUUAUCCUCGAAUGAUUCCUCGGAUCCCAACUUCAAACUACCCGGGGAAAUUCGAUCUAGGUUGGAGAUCGAGGAAUUCUGCGAUAAGAUCACCAGAGCACUAUAUACAAACCGACGUGAUCCUGUCGGUUUGACUAGCGAUCGGGAGAGAAGCACCUUGCUUUCGUUCCUUUCGCGGGAUUUUGACGAACUUGAAGAACACUUCAAAGGACAAAACGAUUGUAUCACCGAUCUAUUUCUUCGUGCUUCAAAUCUUCAUCUCCAUCUGUCAGCGUUCUUGGAUGACCCUUCCGCGAAAGAUUACCGGGAGCGUCUCCUUUCUCUUUACGUUGCAACCACAUCAUUCCUUGAGGUGGCAAUGAAGCUUGAGACUGAAGUUGGACCCGUUCUAUCCUAUACCCCCUACUACAUUUACCAAAUGAUGGUCGCUGCCGGUUGCACCCUUCUCAAAUUGAGCAAGAGUUUCUUUGCCACCCACAUUGACAUGGAAUACACGAAGAGUCUAUUUAACCGCACCAUUUGGGCUGUCCGCGGUGUGUCUGUAUCGAGCAAUGACCUGCCAGAACGUCUUGCCGAGGUUCUGGCCCAGAUGUGGAGAUUGGGCGGCGCCCCCCAGGUAACAAGCGGAUCCGACGUGGAUGAUUCUCUGAGACUGAAGGUUCGCUGCCGAAUGAGCAUGUCUCUACUCUUCGACUCUGUCUGGCGAUGGCGAGAGGAUGCCAGAACCAAGGGUCGAAACAUUGAAGCCUAUCUCAAAAACCCGACCAAUCCCGAUUCAGCCGCCGAUUCUUCCGCAACGUCAUCCGUCGGCCCUCUACACACCUCUACAUCCACGCCUGGUAUAUCCGGUGGCGAUCCAAGCCUUGCACCAGCACCAAUGAUCCCAGCCAAUCUGGGGGUCCAGGCGCCAGGUACUGGCGUUGGCGGACUUCCUAGUGGGUUCAUGGAACCGAAUUACGAGGUUUUCGACCCGCUUAACUGGCUGCUCGACGGCCUGGUCGACUUGCCUUACUCAUACUCCGCUAUGGGCGGAAUGGAGCCACAGGGCAUUGCAUAA